AUGAAGAGUCUACUACCACUCCUGUUAGUCCUCUGCCCGGGAAAUUCGGCUGCCGUCACACUUUACAAUGGAGACCAGUUCGUCGCGGAGACGGCGUCUGUAACGCAAACCGUUGGAGAGGCGCCAGUGUACACUGGCUUGCCAGCCUACGACCCACUGCGUCUCGAGCCUCCUGCACCGCCUCUGGAGCCCGUGAAGCAAGUUGGUAUCAACGUUCCGCUUGAUCCCAACGGUGCCGGAUAUCGCCUGUCAAAACAGCAGAAGGGUAACUUCUUAGGCUUCUCGAUAGAGUUAUCUGUUGCUACCUCUAUCAUGGGUCAGCAUGCUACGACGCUGAACCCGAUCUUCUUAAAUUACAUGGCGAAUAUCAAGAAUCGCGCCGGGUGUGGCCCGGUCAUCCGUGUGGGUGGCAACACCCAGGAGUCCAGCACAUUGAUCCUCGACGAGAGUACGGAUACGACUGAGAAGAUUAAGAUCGACAACUACAGCCCGACCAACACUCCGAUCAUCAACUACACACCAGAGCUCCUCUACAUCAUGGCCAACGUCUCGUCGCUCGUGAACGUCGAUUGGUUCUUCGGUCUGUCAUUCAACGAGACGUCCGUCGCGACUCACAACGCGAACGUUCCGGUGGCUGCGGAAUGGGUACAACGUAUCCUCGGAAGCAACCUCCGCGGUCUCGCGCUGGGCAACGAACCUGACAUUUACACGAAUCACAAGAAGCGUCGAGAGGGCUGGGGGAUCAACGACUACGUCGCCGAGUAUACGGAGAUGCGGGACCUUGUCCUGCAGGACCCAGACGUGCAGAAGCAACAGACCUUUGUCGGCCCCUCGGUGUGCUGUGGCGUGGACGGCUUCCGUGUCGAUGAUGUCUUCAACACGGGCUGGCUCGACCAGAACAUUGACUAUCUCACCACCAUUUCCGUUCAGCGAUACCCGGCAAAUAACUGCAAAAUCAAUGGCAAUGUGAUCAAUCCGCAGGAUAUCUUUGCCGACUUCCUGGGCCACACCAACCCGCAAGUGCUCACGGCCGAGUACCUCAAUGCGUCUGCGACAGCGCUCGCUAGAGGCAAGGAUAUCGUCAUGCUCGAGUUCAACACUGCCUCCUGCGGUGGUUUCCCCGGUCUCAGUGACUCGUUCGGAGCCGCGAUGUGGAUCGCCGACUGGGCGCUGCAGCUGGCAUGGGGCAACUUCUCGGCUGCGCUCAUGCACGUCGGUGGCCAGAACGUCUACUACAACCCGUUCACUCCGCCGCCGUUCAAUAUGGUCUCGACCCGGCAGUGGACGACGGGUUCGACCUACUACUCCACGUUGCUGAUUGCCGAGGCGUUCGGACAAACGAACACGAGCCAGAUCGUCGACUACUUCACGGGCGAGAACGAGGCGCUCCGCCCCGCAUACCUCGUGUACGAGCAGGGAGUGCCUGCGCGCGCCGUCCUGUUCAACUACGUGACGGAUGCAACGGGCGCGAACGACUACACGGCCACGAUCAAGGUGGAGGGCUCGGAUGUCAUCGGCGACAAAGUCGCAGUUCGCUACCUGCGCGCCAAUUCUGCGGCGGAGCAGUACAACAUCACUUGGGCGGGACAGACGCUUGGACAGUCGUUCUCCGGUGACGGAAGGCUGUACGGCGAGGUUGAGACGACGUACUUUAACUGCCAGAACGGAGAGUGCAGCAUCAACGUCCCUGCGCCCUCCAUUGCCCUCGUCUUCCUCAACGACAAGUACCUCACCGAGUCAACGCCGCCUCCAGAGGCGCCUAAGAGCUUCGCCACUACCGUCAUGGGCACGGGGCGAGCCACUAUCGACCCCGAAGUCCUCAGGACCGCGAACGGUAUUCCCCUCCCGUACGGCGUGUACGGCUCCGUCGGACGAAACAAGUUCGCAGAAUCUGACGCGUCGCCGCAGACCAGCCUCCAGAUCGGCCUCGGUGUCCUUGCGAUCAUCGUCGCCCUCGCAUUCGCCCGGAACGUUUAA